UCUUUCAGAUUUCAACAUGUUUCGCGCUGUUCUAAAUAAUUCCCAGCGGUCUUUAAUUUUGGCCAAUUAUGAUGGGCAGAGAGGAUUUGCAACUUUAAAGGAUAUUUCAAUUCGACUUAAAUCUAUCAAAAAUAUUCAAAAGAUUACUAAAUCAAUGAAAAUGGUUUCUGCCGCUAAAUACGCCAAAGCUGAGCGAGAACUCAAAGGAGCUCGUAUUUAUGGUCAAGGAGCUCAAGUAUUUUUCGAAAAUUUGAUGAAGGAUGUCGCUGCUCAAAAAGACGAUACACCUACUGCAGGAAGCAAACGGAUUCUUGUUAUGGUGACAAGUGAUCGAGGGCUUUGUGGUUCUGUCCAUACAUCCAUUGGAAAGUUGACAAGAAGUAUUUUGACGAGCAAACCAGAAGGUGUUGAAUAUAAGCUUGUUUGUAUUGGUGACAAAGCCAGGGCACAAAUGCAACGUCUUUAUUCGAAAGACUUUCUUUUUACCGCUAAUGAAAUUGGGCGUACUCCACCAACAUUUCAUGAUGCUUCAGUUACCGCAAAUGCAAUUCUCUCUUCUGGUUAUGAUUUUGAUGGAGGUGAUAUUCUCUACAAUCAAUUUAAGACGGUUGUUUCUUUUGAGACGAAACGUCUUCCGAUUCCAUCUUUACAAACUAUUCGAAGUUAUCCUCGUUUGAGUAUUUAUGAUUCAAUUGAUGAUGACGUCCUUAAACGCCCUCCCCCUCCCACCAAAAAUGGGGAAAGGGAAAAAUUGAAUGAUGCUCGAAAAGGUAAAAAUUUUUUCGCCUAUAACCGUCAAGAUUUAAAAAAUUUGCGUCCGGAUCGCAAAUUUUGGCGCACCCCCAAUGUUAGCCCCCCCAAAUCGACCCACUGGCUACGUCCUUGUCUCUUUUUACACUUUAAAUUUAGUUAUGUUGAAUAUUCCUUGGCUCAGUUAAUUUAUUAUGCAAUGAAAGAAAGUGCUACAAGUGAACAGUCUUCUCGAAUGACUGCAAUGGAUGGAGCAAGCAAAAAUGCUGGAGAAAUGAUUGACAAAUUGACUCUUCAAUUUAACCGAACUCGUCAAGCAGUAAUUACUCGUGAAUUAAUUGAAAUUAUUUCUGGUGCUGCUGCUGUCUAA